GUAUGUACUUUUUCUGAUGUUGAAAUUAACAUUGCCUUUUGAUUUCCAUUUUAAGGAAAGGUUGAAACUUGAACGUAACAAAGAAUACAAUCAGUUUCUCAGGGGUAAGGAAGAAUCCAGUGAAAAGUUCAGACAGGUAGAAAAAAGUACUGAGCAUAAGACUCAAAGAAAUAAAAAACUUAUUAGUCAAGUCAAGCGUGACUUAACUUCACAAAUACAAACAUCUUGUGAAAAUUCAGAGGAACCUAGGAGAGAUAUCUUAACUCCUUCAGAGGCAUAUAAAGAACUUCUGAACCAAAGACGACUAGAGGAGGACAGAUAUCGACAACUUGAUGAUGAAAUUGAAUUAAGGAAUAGAAGAAUUACUAAAAAAGCUAAUGAAGAAGUGGACAUUUUCAGUACAAAACAUCACAGGUUUGCAAGCAAGGCUGGCAUUCCAGAUAGAAGAUUUCACAGAUUUAAUGAGGAUCAUAUUUUUGAUAGACAGCAUUAUAGACCAGACCAAGAUCCUGAAGUAAGUGAAGAAAUGGAUGAAAGGUUUAGAUAUGAAAGUGAUUUUGAUAGAAGACUUUUGAGAGUGUAUACAAAUGACAG